AUUUUAUCUAUCAUUAGUAUCAUACAUAAUGAUAAUCAGACAUCACUAUAAGUGACUAUAUGACUAUACUAUAGUAACUAUACUAUCAGUAUCUACUAUUUACUAUUAUCUAGAUUAUUCUAGAUUCCUUAGAAGAUAACAAAGCUGUCAAAGAUUCUCUAGAGUUAGAGAGUAGAUUCUAGUCACUAGUCUUAUCUUAUAUUAUAUUAUGAUACUACGACAUUGACUAUGACUAGUAUAUAUAUAUAUAAAUAUAUAUACACUAUAUUACUAUAUUAUUACUAUGAAAGUACUUUAAAUUAGGAUGAAGCUUAAGUGUGAAGUGCAGGUUUCUAACAGGCACUUGCCUACUUUAAAUAUCCGUAAGCAUGGUAGGCCUGCUUUUACUUUUGUUUCACUUGGUCGUAAGCCUGGACAUUAUAAAGAUGGAAAAAUUUAUCUUUUGCUUUGCACUGCCCAGAAUAGAAAUGGAACGCACUAUUUACUUACAAACAAUGUUGAACAAAUAUUCUCAAAAUUCAUUUGUGAAGGUAAAGCCACAAUUCGAUUAUCAUCACCAGCUGAUGAUAUUUCAUUUAGCAAAGCAGAUCCAAACCACCUGUCAAUUUUGAUUAAAAUGGUUAAGCUGGCUUCAGAAGGGAAACCAUUUCCAGAAAAUGUGUUAAGUUCGUUAACACCAGCAUCAGCCAAACAGAUAGAGAAGCCUUCUUCGAGUCUUCACAUCACUUCACCAUCACAGUAUCCAAUGAGUUUCCCAAAAUCUUUGCUGGAACUAACUGUGAAUAAUUGUUUACUGAAACGUGUGAGCCCCAUGAUAACAGCCCUAACCAAUCUGAGUGUACUAGAUCUAAGUAAUAAUAUGCUACCUCACUUACCUGAGUCUUUCAGUCAGCUUGUAGUUCUUCACACUUUAAAUCUGUCACACAAUAAGCUUACAGUGUUACCUCCUGUUCUUUAUAAGAGUGACAUCCGGAAGAGUCUGAUGUAUUUAGAUCUCAAGCACAAUGAAAUACAGUGCUUGCCAAGGGACAUGACCCAGUUUCUAAAGCUUCACUCCUUAAAUUUGGGCAAGAAUCAGAUCAAGCACUUACCAGAAUCAACAUCUUUCAUCAAGUCUUUGCAGAAUCUCUUUCUGCCUGACAAUUUACUAGAAUAUCUCCCUGCAACUUUGCUCAGUAAGUUUUUUGAUACCAUGGACUUUAGCAACAAUAAAUUUGUGAUAAGUCAGGCUGCAACAGACAGAAGUGCAAUAUUUCCUUUCCCAACCCUUGUAGAGCUUGCUGCAAGGACCAUAAUUAGUCAUAGUGUCUCCUACACCUCUGAAGAUCUUGAUGUUCAUUCUGUCUGUUAUUUGAACCAAGCCCACUUCUGUAUUUGUGGUCAACCUUGCUUUGAGUCCAAAGUCUGCAGGUUUAUUCAGGGAAAGCUCCAGUGUAGAACAAACUAUGGCAAUGAUUACAUCCCUUUCAAUGCAUAUCUGUGCUCUAAAAAAUGUUUACAGAGGUUUGAUAAAAUUUAAAUGCUUUUCCAACCAAAAAAUAAUUUAAUCAAUGUUGAGGUAUGAAAGUUUUGUUAGAUAAAGUUUGAAUUAAAAGUUUGUAAUGAAGAAGAAAAAAAAAAGUGUGAGUGUAUUUGUUCCUUAUUAUUCUGGGACUUACUUAUUAAAUUAUUACUAAAUGCUUUCUAGUAUUUUUGUGCCAGACUUCUCAGUGCAAACUACUAAAAAUACAACAUUUUUCUGAGACCAGAUUUCUUUGAACAAAUGUUCUUAGUAAUUUGUGUUUCAGCAAUGACUACACUGUAAUGUAAAUAAAAAAAGUAUAAUUUUACAACCAUUAAAAUUUAUUAUCUACAAUUGCUUAGUUUUAUGCAAAUCAGAAAGUUGAUGAAAGAGGUUUUGGUACCGGUAAGUUGAUGAAUGUGAUGUAAUUGUAAAAGUUGUCAGAGAGCUAGCAGACAGCACAAUUGCUGGUUGCCACUGUCCUUAAUUGUAUUGUAUUUUAUAUAAUGUAAUAUAAAUUUGUUUGGAA